GCUUGCAAGCUCGGGCGCGCGAGUAGCCGGGGGCUGGAGGCCCCUAUCGUAGUAUAUAACGACCCCGCGCGAUCUCGUGGACAAACACGCUCGCUGUGCCGUUGCACUGGCUGUUCCAAUACAAUUGCAUCAGCCCGCUUGGGGGUUUACUACCUAGCAAAGCUCUGGGGGCAGCUUGAAGCCCGCUGCUCGCUGCGUUGGUGCGAAUGUCGCGACUUAGGGUCGAGCGACAGGGGAAAAACCAAAUGCUGGGGGCGUUUGACUUAUCUUACUGAAGCGAUGGUGAGCUAG